GAAUGUGUGCCAAACACUGUCACACUUCAUCCCGUUAAUAAAACAAAUCGAUCAAGUAUGUUUCUGGCACGCAACUUCACCAAGGCAGCACGAUCUGUCAGCUCUCGAGGCAAACAUACGCUGCCAAAGCUGCCUUACGACUAUGCCGCCCUGGAGCCGAUAAUUUGCCGUGAGAUCAUGGAGCUGCAUCAUCAGAAACAUCAUCAGACCUAUGUGAAUAAUCUAAAUGCUGCCGAGGAACAGCUGGAGGAUGCCAAAAGCAAGAGCGACACCACGAAGAUUAUUCAAUUGGCUCCUGCUCUUCGCUUCAAUGGCGGUGGCCACAUCAAUCACACGAUCUUCUGGCAGAACUUGUCGCCCGGCAAAACGUUGCCCAGCGACGAUCUGAAGAAAGCCAUCGAAUCGCAAUGGAAGAGCUUCGAUGAGUUCAAGAAGGAGCUCAGCGCGUUGACCGUUGCUGUGCAGGGCUCUGGCUGGGGCUGGCUGGGCUAUAACAAGAAGACGGGCAAGCUGCAGCUGGCUGCGUUGCCCAAUCAGGAUCCCUUGGAGGCCUCUACUGGAUUAAUACCUCUGUUCGGCAUCGAUGUAUGGGAGCAUGCAUAUUACUUGCAGUAUAAAAAUGUGCGUCCCUCGUAUGUGGAGGCCAUUUGGGAUAUUGCAAACUGGGAAGACAUCUCUUGCCGCUACCAGGAGGCAAAGAAACUGUCCUAGAUGAACUAUUCUCAAAUGUCUAUAUGUUAAAUGUAAUCAUAUGAAAGCCAUAGGCUUUCUCGAAUGUAGUCAAAUCUGUCGGCUAAUAAAUUGAUAACCAACGCCGAAGUCUGAAAUCAAAACAGAAAUCGA